AUGCUCUUCACAGUGUUUGAGCUGGAAUCUCAAAUUGAUAGCUUUGAAGCUGAGAUGAAGGGGCUAUCUGUUAAGAAAGGAAAAGCAAGACCUCCAAGACUGACACAUUUAGAGUCAUCAGUUGUUCGACAUAAGGCUCAUAUAAUGAAGCUAGAGUUGAUAUUACGGUUGUUGGAUAAUGAUGAAAUGAGCCCUGAACAAGUCAAGGAUGUUAAGGACUUCAUUGAUGACUAUGUGGAACGAAAUCAGGAGGAUUUUGAUGAGUUUGAGGAUGUUGAUAUGUUAUACAACACCUUAUCACCAGACAAAGUAGAAGCUCUAAAAGAUCUUGUUAUCAUUGGUCCACCUGGGCUCGUUAAGGGCGUUGGUGCUACUGUUGUUGUUUUAAGUACGAAAAAUGAUUUGUCUUCACCUCUAAUUCGGUCACCGGGAGCUUCAGUACAGGAGCAAACUGAGGAGACAUUAUCUCAGGAAAAUAUAUCAAAGCAUGGGCCACGGACCCCACCUCCAAAAGCCAUUGACAUCUCAUCAUCUCCUCCAACACCAUCCGGGACCCAGGCAACCCCUAUUACUGUCCCCACUCCAUUUCAUCAUCUCACCUCCUCUUCAGUCCCUCCAAGUCCAAGUCCGGUGAGGGGCGUUUUAGAAAAUUCAGUCUCCAACAUCCCUUCCUCACCUAUAAACAAGGAAGAAGAAGUCGGAGGAUUCCCUAUUCGUAAAUCAUCUCCUGCCCUUAGUGAAUCCGGAUUAAGGAAUCUCGGGAGGGGCAGUUUGACCAGUUUGACAAGUCCAUCUUCAGUUGCUGUCCCUAUCAACCCUGUGAAUAGUAACAUUAUUUCUACCAUUAAUGCCCUUGUUGUUGGUCAAGAUUCGGAACUUUCUAAGAGACAUAUUCUAGGGACAGAUGAGAGAAUGGUUCGGCAGCAUCCUCCUGUUUCAUCUUUGAGUAGCAGAAUGAUGUUGCAAGAUGAUGACAAUGUUAAACUGAAUGUUUCUUUACUAAAAGAUAUUAGUGAUGAUAUUGACUUCUGUUUCAAGCUAGCCAAAGAGGAAUCCCUAAUUCUUCUUCUAGGACUUACUGUAGGUUUGAAAAGCUGGAUUCGUGUAACAUUUGCUACAGACCCAUCUUCUCUUGAAGAAGCUCUUGAUAGAGUGAAGUCUUUUUGCCAAAAGCAUUCUCAUCAGCAAAAGCCUGCUGUAUUGCAUGUUAAGUUACCGAUUUGCCCUGUGCAGGUUCUGACAUUCCCAGCAACCUCCUUCCAUGCCCUGCUGCCUCUCAAAGUUCCUGCAUUCAGGUUAUUCUCUUAG